AUGACCCCUGAAGUCAACUCUCUUCGAGAAUUUUUGGUAUCUCUUCCGAGAUUAGCCAGCUACAAAUAUAACCCCAGUAUUGAAUACCUGUUAUGGAAGACGCUUGAUGAAUGUGUAAAGGAUGGACUUAGUUCGGUGAAUUGGCUAGAAAAAGAACAGUUCUUCGCAUCUCAAAAUUGGGAGAAUGGAGCUUACCAAGCCUUGAGGCUGCCAGAAAAUUGGAGGGACUCCUUUUUUAGCACUGCAGCAAAGAGUGGGUUAAACCACGCUGGAUCAAGUUGCAAUAGGCUUUGUAGCCCAACUGAGACUGUAUUCUAUUGCUUUGACUGCACCAGAAACCCAUUAUAUGAGAUUUGCGAGCGAUGCUUUGACGCUCAGAAGCACAAGGGCCACCGGUUUACCUCACGCGUCGUCACUAGGCCAGAAGGUCGAGCCUGCCAUUGUGGCGACCCGAGUGGCUUCAAUAGUGGCACUAACGAGCUUCUGUGCAAAAACGAAGCAAAUAAUCAAGUGCGCUCACCCAAUUACAACUACGAUGCAAACUUGACCAGCAUAUUUGAGCAGAUUCUCGACUAUCUGAUUGACACCAUCAUCUUUUUGAAAGAACUCUAUGAAGAACCUAACAAAACAGUUAUGUCAGAUGGAAAGGGUUGCCCCGAGACCACUAGCACCACAUGUGCUCUACAACUUUACGAAAGUGAUUGCUCGCUGCAUAUAAAGGACCUUGCUUACCGCAUUAGCUUGCUACUCAACAAGCCCAUUGAGUUUGGCUUAAUGAUGGUUGAUAAACUUCAACGAGAUUGUUCUUUCAUCACCCUUUUCGAAUGUGCCGAUACCAAAAAGUUAGCAAUAAUACAAGAUGCGUUCGCAUCUGAGAAUAUAACCUUGCAUGUUAAAGCCACUAGUAACGUUUUCAAAGAGUAUUUGAUAGACGAAAUUAUAAACUGGCUUUACAAACUGUGUCUUUACAGCCCCUCACUUACCUCAAAGUUAUCUUUACGGUUGGCCCUAUCUGGUGCUUGGAACUCUGGCCUUUUAUCAACGAAACAUACACCUCAUGAUUUCAGCCCUUUUACUUCCAAAAUUGCACUCCUGGGUGGCUUUGUUGUGCCAUUUGAACAGCGGGAAACAUUCCCAUGGCCUAAGCCUUGGGGUUUUCCUUUUGAAAGUGAUGCUCGUCAUGACCCUAGAAUUCUUCAAGUAAUGCACGAAUAUGACAAAAGAUUACAGGAGACAAACUCCAGCGGUGUCACUACUAGGUUUACUUCUAUCUUAGGUUCUAGGCUUCAAACAAUAUUGGUUGAAGAAGCUGCAUUAUUACCUAAGAUUGCAAGAUUUCGAAUACUCAAGAUCGUCAGCAGCAUCUUCACUAUAACAGAUGACUCGCGAAAAUGCAUCGCAGCACAGUACAUUGAUGUGUACCCCAAUCUGCUUUACAAUGCAGUGGCAUGUGACUCCUUUAGUCAGAAAGUCUCUUUGAUGAGCUCCUUAUCACAGCAUAUAUUUCAAGUGCCGGAAAUAGCCAACAUGAUCAUAUCAUCGGGAUUUAUCGAAAGAAUCAUCCAGUUCGCCUUUACAUUGAUGUCAUUUUCCCCUGAAGAAUUGACAGAGUGCCCCCCGGUGCCACUAUAUGGUGAUUUCAAACUACCAACCGAUAUGAUAAAAAAUAAACGCAGCGUAGUUUGCUUCAAGGAUAUUUAUCUCCUGAUGUCCACAAACACUCAACCGGAAAUGCUCUUAACAAAUGAUUCAAUUACCCAAUGCAUGAUUCGUUGUUUUUCAGCUUUCAAUAACGUCUUGCCUUUGAGACGUGAGACCGCAGAGCAUGUGGAAUUCGAGAAUUUCGAAUUUUCCUCUUACUUCUUUUACUUUUCAUCCAUUCUUGUCAUGGUGGAUGGCUUCAUAAGAAAUAUCUGCCUACUUGAAGAUCCUCACGCCCGGGGAAGAGUGGUGCGCCACUUCCUGAAAUUGUCAUUGUCAAAAGAAUUUGAGUUACUUGGGAACGCCAAAUCUCUUAUGCCCGGCAAACUGUCAACAUCUUGUGAACUUAAGACAAGCAAUGGUCUACGUGUGAUCAGAGAAAAAGUCUGCAAUACGAUCUCGAGCGUCAUCCAGUUUCAGGUCGGCAUUGAUUGUCAAAGCUUCUUCAACCCAAUGUCAUACUUUUUUAAGUUCGUGACACUUUGGAGUCAGUGUGGAAGAUAUGAGCCUCUCCCAUACAAUUUUAGCGAUUUCUUCGAUAUAAGGGAGGUUUUUGGUGAUAAGAUUCAAAUGAAUUGGAUGUGUGAGUCUGCUCUGUCAACCAUCGUUUUGUUGGCUCAGAUUAAUGUUGGAUUUUGGGUUAGGAAUGGCUCACCCAUUCAGCAUCAAGCAAGGAUGUACACAAGGUACAGCAUGAGAGAGUUCACAUACUUUAGUGACAUAUUUAUGCUUCAGUUAGCGAUGAGUAUCGCCGAUCCAAAUGAGUUUAUGGUAACCUUUUUAUCCAGAUGGGGACUGAAGAAUUGGGCUGAAGGCAUUCCAAUUGGAGAUUAUCCUGAUGCUGAAAUUACGGCGGGAAUGGUAGACCAGUUGUUGCUUCUUCUGAUCCAGCUUUUCAGCGAGAUAAGAAGCCUUACAAUGAAAUCUUCAGUUGAAGGUUUUGAAAAGACAAUGCAGAUGGAGAUUAGCCAUGCAUUGUGUUUCAAAAAUUCUACUCAUAGCGAAAUUUUGAAUUUGAUCCCUGAGCAUGUCACAAAACACCCUGCAUUUGAUCUCUACCUUCGUGAAAUGGCGGAUUAUGCUCCGCCAAAUGGGCCAGUAGAUGCUGGCAUCUAUACCCUAAAGGAGAAGUACUUUUCUUUGAUCGAUCCUUAUUUCAUUGGGUUUUCGCCCAGCAAGAGAUUCGAGGCGGAGAAACUUAUUAGGAAAAGGUUAUCCAUCGAAACUCAGACAGAUUAUAACAUGUCAUAUAUCCCCGCGAGAGACUUCGCAUCAUGUUUGAAAGAAACACCUUACAAGAAUCUCUAUCAAAUAUGCAGUACAGAGAUUUUUGGAUGCUUCUUGAAGAAUACCCUUGACCACAUCAACAAAUUCAACUAUGAAUCUAUGCUGACCAAAGCUACCCACUUGGUUCACUUAUGUGUUGUCAACGACCUUUUGGGGUUUACUAGUAUUUUUUGGAAAGAGUACGGGUUUUCCAAUUCAGAAUAUCUUUACAACAGCAGCAUCGGGUCUUUGCUCUAUUCUUUUCUCUUCAAAGAAGAAUUUGUCAACGAGCAUGGAAAAAUUCGUGAAAUAUUCCAGCAUUUCAUGAAAUACGCUCCCCAUGUCAAUAUUGAAGGGUACUUGACCGAACAGACUCCCUCAUUCAAUUUUGAAAUUCUGAAGACUCCAUUCAAGACAACCGAACGGAAGGACGAGGAGUACGAAAAGAGGAAGCAGCUUGCCAAACACAAACGUGAAAAGAUAAUGAAAAGAAUUGCUAAGCAGCAGCAAAAAUUUCUUGCUAAUAACCAUAUAUCGUUGGAAGACGAGUCUGGUAGCCUUUGCAAGAACCGGGAUCAAGGGGAGAAUCAGUUUUUCCCUGAGAUGACAUGUGUAUUUUGCAAAAUGCACAAAGUUAACGAUACAUUCAUAUAUUUUGCUUACCUCGAGAGGAAUAUCUGUGAAGCCGAAGUUGAAUUGGAUUGGGAGCUGUCGCAUGCUCGCGUUAGCGCAAUACCAAAAGAGGGCGGCAGAAGUCACAGCAAUGAGGCUGCAAGAGACAUGGAUAUUGUGGAAAUGCCACAAAGCCUAUCAAGCAAGAUAAGCGUGUUCCCUGUGUUACGCACAUGCGGCCAUGGGUCGCAUGUUUGUUGCCUUACGAGUCAUAUGAAAUCUACCAGGACAGUUCAUAAUCAUAUCACAAAAAACAUACCCAGCUCGCUUGGGUUCUCUUUGAUGUUCUGUCCCCUAUGCUCCGCUCUUACCAACUGCUUUCUACCGCGAAUGUGCGGUGAUAGCUCAGGAAGCGCCCCGAACCCAUCUGAACCAAUAGAGAGAAAUGAUCCUUUUGAAUCUUCGCUUAAGAACUGCAAUAGAUCAGUAGCUGUACUUCGUGAGCUUGUACAAAUGGAUGGUGUUGGUGAAAGUCCCAUUCAAGUGCUCAACUAUAUUUACAGGAACACUUUACGAAAUACAGAACUAGCAACAAGGCUCAAGCGCCCACACAGAGAGACCGUCAAAGAAUGUUCAGAUUUUGCUUCUCAUCAACAAUUGCUGACCUUGAGGCUGCUUUCCGAUCUGAGACGCAUAUACUCCCAGUUUUCUGAGCCCAAAGAAUAUGUUUCUCCCAAGGAGUAUAGUUUGUUUCCACCGCCAUUCAAAUACACACCGAACCAGAAAUCAACAAAACAAGAGUGUGAACUUGAUCUUUUGAAUCUUGCAGAUUAUCGGAUUCUUAAUACAGAUUUUGGCUCAAAGGUUUGUGUCAAAGAAUUCUUAUUAGAGUUCAUUAACAAAGGCUUGCAUCAAGAUUUCCUAGCAAUCUGUGGAAGCAUUGCGACAAAGGGUAGCCGAGAGGUCACCGCAUGCAAACAUCAGCUACAAAAGAAAACUUCCUUCACUUCAAGUGAAGAGAAACACGUUUUUUGUAUUCUGAGAAGCUAUCUUUCGAAUUUUUCUACCGCCGAUCUCACGGCUGUUGAACUAGCAACCUCCAUCACCAGAGGUGUGUUAAAAGAUUCAAUGGUAAUUCGACUCAGACGCCUCUUUGCCUUGCUUUACUUCGGAGGAACUCCGGAAUUCGAACUCAAAGAACGCAUCAUUGACUUUGGAGUAUUAGGCGAUCUUUUGAAGGGCUUCGACUUGCCAGAUUUUAGCGAGUUACUUCAGAAUUACAUUGACAGAGAUUUGCAACAAAUGCUGAAACACGUUGAACUCACACUCAAAGAGCAAGGAGAAGAGGAGCUUAUCAAGAAUGCAAACGCAUUGAAGAUUGGCUGUUUCAAAAAGAAUUUUUUGAUCAACUUACCCCAAAGCUACUCGGAAUUCAUGUCAAAUGAAGACGAAUUCCUUCAGAUGAGAGCGAAAAAGCAAGAGAUCGCAAUAUGUCUCUUCUGUGGAUCACGCGUUCGCGUACAGAAUGCGGUCCUUUUGCAUAAUUACUCUAUCGGAGAGUGUACAAACCACUCUUUAAAUGUUUGCCGAGUUAACCCGAUAUACGGGUGCUUUCUGCUGGUUAGGAGUAACACCGUAUAUCUUUCAUACGGGCAUAGAGGGACGUUUUAUCAGGCACCAUAUUUAAAUAGUCAUGGGGAAACCGACGAUGACUACAGGAACGGGGCGCCGGUGUUUCUCGACAGGAACAGAUAUUUGCACCUGAGCCAAGAUGUUAUCUUAAACAACAUGGUUCCUCACUUGGUCUUCCGGCUUACCGAGAACACGCUUGAUCUCGGCGGCUGGGAAAGUUUGUAA